UACAAUGACCUCAGUUGGAGAAAGAAGCCUUUUUUUCCUUGAGCUACAGCGGUAGACGGCGCCAUAUUGAAAGACUGGAAUUCUUUUAAGAAACGUCUAAAGUAUCAACAACGCCAAAAUGCUCUACUUAGAGGAUUACUUGGAGAUGAUCGAGCAGCUACCCAUGGAUCUGCGCGACAGGUUUACGGAAAUGCGAGAGAUGGACCUGCAAGUUCAGAAUGCCAUGGAUCAGCUCGAGCAGCGUGUGAAUGAGUUCUUUAUCAACGCCAAGAAGAACAAACCAGAGUGGAGGGAAGAACAGAUGGAGGUGAUAAAGAAGGACUAUUACAAAGCUUUGGAGGAUGCGGAUGAGAAGGUCCAGUUAGCCAAUCAGAUUUAUGAUUUGGUGGACCGGCACCUGCGGAAACUGGACCAGGAGCUGGCCAAGUUCAAGAUGGAGUUGGAGGCAGACAACGCCGGGAUCACAGAGAUCCUGGAGAGACGGUCACUGGAGAUGGACAGCCCAUCUCAGCCAGUAAACAACCACCACGCCCACUCCCACACGACAGUGGAGAAGAGGAAAUACACAACACCGGCUCACCACACAACCGAACACGUCCCUGAGAAGAAGUUCAAAUCUGAGGCCCUGCUCUCUACCCUCACAUCCGACGCCUCCAAAGAGAACACGCCAGGCUGCAGGAACAGUAACAUGUCCUCCUCGUCUAACAGCGUGUACAACGUUAACUCCUCCCAGCCCCUCACCUCCUAUAACCUCAGCUCCCUGCCAGCGGGGGCGGGGGCAGGGGCGGGGGCUAUCACCAUGGCAGCAGCACAGGCCGUGCAGGCCACUGCCCAGAUGAAAGAAGGCCGGAGGACGUCGAGUCUGAAGGCCAGCUACGAGGCCAUCAAGAACAACGACUUCCAGCUGGGCCGAGACUUCCCCCUGUCCCGCGAGACCUCCGGGUACUCCUCCGCCCUGGCCUCCACGUUGACCCAGACCCUCGCCCCCUCCUCCUCCUCUGAAAACCGCGGCGGCCGCAAGACCAAAAGCAACACAAAGUCUUCAAACCACCAGUCCUCUUCCUCCUCGUCAUCCUCCUCCCUGUCGUCCUGCUCCUCUUCCUCCGCCCUGGCGCAGGAGCUAUCCCAGCAGGCCUCGGUGCUGCCGGAAGCGGAGGCCAACAGCCAGGUGGACUGGACCUACGACCCCAACGAGCCACGCUACUGCAUCUGCAACCAGGUGUCCUACGGCGAGAUGGUGGGAUGCGACAAUCAGGAUUGCCCAAUCGAGUGGUUCCACUACGGCUGCGUGGGACUUACCGAAGCCCCCAAGGGGAAGUGGUACUGCCCACAAUGCACUGCGGCCAUGAAGAGGAGGGGCAGCCGGCACAAAUAGGCCCCCCCCCCCGCUUUCUGGAUCCCCUUUUAUAGACCAACGAUUAUAACUCCGCCCCCUCCACCCAGAACUGUCAGUCACAAAUGUGCAUGAAUUAUGCAAAAGUGUGUACCUGCUGUGUCACUACAGAGUUAACCAGUUCCUUUGUGUCUCCAACAAAUGAGUACAAAAGAAAAAGAGGUCUAAAGAACCAUAGAGGAACACAUUCCCCAGUACUGUCCUCCUGGCAGAUAAACACUGUACACAGCAGCAUGAAGUGCUUAUGUUUUUAUUGUUCAUCCGUAAAUGACCUGCUCUACUAGACAAACGUCAGACGUAGUGCCGUUCAGCAGAUCGAGCUACCUUGACGUUUUGGAAGAGGAUAAUGCAAAUCUGAAAACUGAAUGAAAUUCAGCUUUGAGAAUGACUUUGACUAUGACGACACCGUUGAUGACUACGCAAACCUCGGUUUGAUCGAUGCCUUCUGUAGAACAGUUUGAUGAUCAGGGUUUCUUCUGAAGUGGUCCGUUACAAUGUACAGUCCAUACGUGUAUGAACAAAGCCUGUACUUCACCCCAUACGUCUGUGUUGCUAGUUGUCCUUUUCACUCAAUAUGAUGCACAGUGUUUCCAGACAUGUAAAAAAAAUAAUAAAAUGGUCAAAAUCUUUUAAUAAUA